GAGGAGGUGUAGCUAGCUAAGUGAAGAAAAAAGAUCAAGGUGGUGACAGCAGGGGAAUUUUAGUUUUUUUAAAAAAUAGUACGCUGACAUUGGCCUGAGUUCGACAAAGUAGGUGUACGAUGUCCUUAAAGCCACGCGUGGUGGAUUUUGAUGAGACAUGGAACAAGCUACUGACGACAAUCAAGGCCGUGGUGAUGCUAGACUACGUGGAGAGAGCUACCUGGAAUGAUCGCUUCUCGGACAUUUAUGCUUUGUGUGUUGCAUACCCGGAGCCCCUGGGUGAAAGACUGUACGCCGAGACAAAAAUGUUCCUAGAAAACCAUGUUCGGCAGUUGUACAAGAAAGUUCUGGAGUCUGAGGAGAAGCUUCUUGUGAUGUACCACAGAUCUUGGGAGGAGUACAGCAAGGGGGCUGACUACAUGGAUUGCUUGUACAGGUACCUGAACACACAGUUCAUUAAGAAAAACAAGCUCACAGAGGCAGACUUGCAGUAUGGAUACGGAGGAGCUGACAUGAAUGAACCACUAAUGGAAAUAGGAGAGCUGGCACUAGACAUGUGGAGGAAACUGAUGAUUGAACCCUUGCAAGCCAUCUUGAUCCGGAUGCUGCUGAAUGAAAUCAAAAAUGAUCGUUGUGGUGAGAACCCAAAUCAGAAAGUAAUCCAUGGGGUUAUCAACUCCUUUGUUCAUGUUGAACAGUACAAGAAAAAGUUUCCUCUUAAGUUUUAUCAGGAAAUCUUCGAAGGCCCGUUUCUGACGAAAACAGGCGAAUAUUAUAAACAGGAAGCCUCUAAUUUACUGCAGGAGUCAAAUUGCUCCCAGUACAUGGAGAAGGUUCUGGCCCGGCUGAAGGACGAGGAGAUGCGGUGUCGGAAGUACCUGCACCCCAGCUCAUACGCAAAGGUGAUACAUGAGUGCCAGCAGAGGAUGGUGGCGGACCAUCUGCAGUUCCUUCACGGAGAGUGCCAGAGUAUCGUCCGCCAGGAGAAACGAGACGACAUGGCAAACAUGUACACCCUCUUGCGUGCCGUUUCCAGUGGCUUGCCUCACAUGAUCCAUGAGCUCCAGGUCCACAUCCACGAUGAGGGCCUCCGAGCCAUCAGUAACCUCUCUCAGGAAAAUAUGCCAACCCAGUUUGUGGAGUCAGUGUUAGAGGUUCACAGUAAAUUUGUUCAACUCAUUAACACCGUCCUGAAUGGAGAUCAGCACUUUAUGAGCGCUCUCGACAAGGCUUUGACAUCAGUGGUGAACUACAGGGAGCCGAAAUCCAUCUGCAAAGCUCCUGAACUGCUUGCUAAGUACUGUGACAAUCUGCUGAAAAAGUCAGCCAAGGGGAUGACCGAGAAUGAAGUGGAGGACAAACUGACCAGCUUCAUCACAGUAUUCAAGUACAUAGAUGACAAAGAUGUUUUCCAGAAGUUUUAUGCUCGAAUGUUGGCAAAGAGAUUAAUACACGGCCUCUCUUUGUCCAUGGAUUCCGAGGAAGCCAUGAUUAACAAACUAAAGCAAGCCUGUGGGUAUGAGUUCACCAGCAAGCUGCACCGGAUGUACACAGACAUGAGUGUUAGCGCUGAUCUAAACAACAAAUUCAACAACUUCAUCAAGACCCAGGAGGCUGCCGUUGACCUGGGCAUAAGCUUUCAGAUAUAUGUGUUGCAGGCUGGCGCCUGGCCACUCACACAUGUCCCCACCUCCACCUUCGCCAUCCCCCAGGAGUUGGAGAAGAGCGUUCAGAUGUUCGAAUUGUUUUACAACCAACACUUCAGUGGGAGGAAGUUGACCUGGCUUCAUUACCUCUGCACAGGUGAGGUGAAGAUGAACUACUUGGCCAAGCCGUAUGUGGCUAUGGUGACUACCUACCAGAUGGCUGUGCUGCUGGCCUUCAACAACGGUGAAAUGGUGAGCUACAAGGAACUCCAGGACAGCACUCAGAUGAAUGAGAAGGAGCUUGUUAAAACCAUCAAGUCCCUAUUGGAUGUCAAGAUGAUCAACCACGACUCAAAAAAGGAAGACAUAGAGACAGAGUCAACCUUCUCACUAAAUAUGGCCUUCACCAGUAAAAGAACCAAGUUUAAAAUCACAACGUCGAUGCAGAAGGACACACCACAGGAAAUGGAGCAGACAAGAAGUGCAGUGGAUGAGGACCGGAAGAUGUACCUGCAGGCUGCCAUUGUGAGGAUCAUGAAAGCCCGCAAAGUGCUGCGGCAUAACGCUCUAAUACAAGAGGUCAUCAACCAGUCGAAAGCUCGGUUCAACCCCAGCAUCAGCAUGAUCAAGAAGUGCAUCGAGGUGCUGAUCGACAAGCAGUACAUCGAGCGCAGCCAGACAUCAGCGGACGAGUACAGCUACGUGGCGUGACGUGGCGAGAACGCCUGGAGGAGGGAGACACUGCCCUCCCUUUCUCUGCCAUUGUCCGGGACGAAGCUGAACUGUGCCUCCAUCUAGGGAAUGUCCACCAGGUCGCCAGGCAGCCCCACAAAUACCCCACCCAACCCCAAGCGCCCCCGAUUUUAAUGCUGUUUACAACGUCACCAGUGCCACGCCUCGUGCGUCAACGGAAAUGCCUGCUAGCUGUCUGAGCGCGAGGUACCGACGCAGUGAUUUUAGCCUCCACAGCAGGAAAGCGGAGAGCCAAGGGAGGUGGUGACACUGACUGGAUGUGGGCAGUUACAGGUGGAAACCAUGCUUUUUUUUUUUUUUUUUUUUUCCCCCCUCACGUUUGCAGUUGUGCUAUUUUUUUGUUUUGUUUUGUUUUUUUAAUCGAAGUAAUAAAACCGGUAUACCAAUAAUUGUAUUUACUUCAGAGUCGUAAAGAACAAGGUGACAGACGUGAUUAUGCUGCUUGUCAAAUAAACAAAUAAAACAAAAGAUUUUUGUACAUGAUUCCUGGAAGAUAAGCGUGGAUUCGACAUCCGGGUGUCCGUUGCCUUGUUCCCGAAAAAUGACUUGAAAAUUAGUUUAAUUCCAGGUGUUCUCCUGGCUUUAGUCCAGUAGGUUGAAGCUGAGGUACCAGAUUCACCUCACGUGUUACUGAUGACUGGACUUGGAAAAAGUACCAAGUACAUAGCCACACGUUAAAGAAACUUAAAUGUGCUAUGCUUUAGAAAUGACAACUAAUUUUACAAAGUAUUCAUAAUGCAAGUUUGCUUAUUUUGCCAGUCUGUAAAACAAAUUGUGAUUGUAACUGUACCCUCUGGAUGUUUAUUAAUCUUUGGAUGAUUUAACACCUUGAUAUUCUGUUUCACCACAAGGGGGUGCUGUUACCAGUUUAUUAGUAGUAAGGGCUUUUUCUUUUAUUCCCCCCCCCCCCCCCCCAAUUUUAAAUUAUUUUUUUCUCCCAACAUGAGGUUUAGUCAAAUUAAAUUUAAUACCAAAUACUAAGUGUCUCUAGGUAUAAAGAUAGAACACUGAGGGAUCCAGAAGCCAGUGGAAAAACUUCAAAUGCUUAAUGUGACAAAUUUGUAUACUGGCUUCAUGUAUGAAUGUAGAUGGACUUGGGGAUCUAACACUCACUAUAGCGCUGCACUUUUUAUAAUUGUUUAUUUUUCAUAAUUAUUACAGUUGUCAGAUUUAUAUUGAUCAGAGGCAAGAACGACCUGACGUUUGUUGGCAAGACUGCAUAUAAAGUUUUCUUUCUGCUAUAUCUGUUGUUGUGCUGUAUUCAGCUCUUCUUUAAAAUGCAUAACAAGCAGCAUUAUAACUACAUAAAAUGUUUUGUUUUCAGGAGGUUCUCUUUUCUGAAAAUAAAUACCUGUAAAUGACUGGUUAAUACAUGUUACAACCAGCAACCAAAUGUUAAACUGCAGUGUUUACGCAGCAGCUUUCAGCCUAAAGGGUUCUUCUGUUUUACAUAUUUUACUACCUUGGAGUUGUUCUUU